AUGCCGAUCUCAUCAUCCAACCUUAGCCAAAGGAGCCAAGUCACUGCAGCCAACCUAGCAAACUUGUUGCCAACAGGCACAGUCCUUGCAGCUGAAUCCCUAAUACCUUCAUUCACAAACAACGGUGAAUGUACACUUGCGAACGAAUACCUUACCUUAGGUAUCAUUGUGUGUUGUUCACUAGCUUGUUUUCUUUCCUCCUUUACUGAUAGCUUCACUGGCAAGGAUGGCAAGAUGUACUAUGGCAUAGCCACAUGGAACGGUUUCCGUGUAUUCAAUGAUAUCGAUAGUACUGAUGGUGCGGGAGAGGAAGAAACCAUUGAUAUCGAGAGUGCUCAUAGUGCAGGAAGGAAAGAAACGAGAAACAAAGAGUGCUUGGCUGCCUGUAGUAUCACUUUUAUAGACUUCGUGCAUGCUUUUACAUCACUAACAGUUUUCUUGGUUUUUGCUCUUAGUAAUUCUAACGUGCAGAAUUGCUUCUUCCCUAAAGCAGGACGAAAUGAGAAAGCACUUAUCAUGAAUUUGCCGUUAGGAGCUGGGCUCUUGGCAAGCUUUUUGUUCAUGUUAUUUCCUACCAAACGAAGAGGAAUUGGCUAUGCCGACACAGCACCUGUGAAAUUAGAGAAAGAGCCUUCUUUUCCGAAAAAAGAAGGCAUAAUUAAAGAGUCUGCAUAA